AUGACACCUCGUUCUGUUUAUCUUGCCAUGUACCGCGGAUCUGCAAGCCAACGCGCCCAUUUCGCCCUCUUCAUUCCCAACGCCACCGAUGAUCGCAGCAAUAUCAGCCAGGAUUUCAGAUCCAUAUCAUGCAAGGGAAUCAUCAUCCACGUGGUUGGUGAACCAGUCAUGAACGGUUAUACUCAUGAAUUCAAACGAAAUUACGAAACCAAUACUUCGCGUGACCUACAAGAACUGGUUCUGCUUGGUCAAGUCGACUCGGUCAAUCUUUAUGAUCCUCCCAACAACGUGUUUGUCAAGGGGGUCAGAAUAUCCGAGCUCCAAUCGACGGUGUUAACACUAAGCGGUGUCAAGAGUGGACUAUGGAGUACCCACAGACUUCUGGAUCGCGGCCUUAUUAGCCCCAGUGCUGUCGAUACUGCUCAGAACCAGCGAAAUCCACCAAAGCAUGGUGUACUCGGACAGGGAUAA